AUGAAGGGUCUCAUGCUUUCCGCCGUCCUCGCUUUUGCGCCCACUGCGCUCGCCGCCUGGCCGCAGGCCGAGGGAAAGAAUAUCAAGUUCACCUCUGUUCCUGGCUACUUCUUGCAGGACGACGCCAGCACUAACCCGACCGGCUUCGACUAUGCGACGGUCAACUUCGGUCUGCUCAACAGGACGUACCCGACCGACAAGCACUUCGACCCCGAGGGUGUCAAGACCCAAUGGGAGCGUUUCGACCACUGGGUUCGGUACCUGAACUCGGGCUGCGGCAAGAGCGACAGCGUCCAGUACAAGUUGCUGUUCAUGGGCCGCCACGGUGAGGGCUGGCACAACGCCGCCGAGUCCUUCUACGGAACCCCAGCCUGGAACUGCUAUUGGGCCGAGCAAGACGGCAACGGCACCGCGCGCUGGGCCGACCCGCUCCUGACGCCGGCCGGCGAGGCCGAGGCUUACAAGGCCAACGCCUACUUCAAGGACCGCUAUGCGACCCAGAAGAUGCCCUACUUCGAGUCGUACUACACCAGUCCCCUGAUCCGCUGCGGCUACACCGCCAACAUCACCUUUGGCGACAUCGGGGUGCCCGCCGACAAGCCCUUGAAGCCCAUCGUCAAGGAGGGCUUCCGCGAGGGCAUCACGGUGCACACGUGCAACCGGCGCUCCGACAAGACGUACAUCGCCGAGACGUUCCCCUCGUUCGAGUUCGAGGCCGGCUUCACCGAGCACGACGAGCUCUGGCGCCGCAACGAGAGCGAGACGGAGGAAGCGCACGCGGCCCGGUCCAAGGCGGUCCUCGACGACGUCUUCCGCACCGACGACAAGACGUGGCUCAGCAUCACGGCCCACUCGGGCCAGAUCACCAAGCUCCUCGCGUCGCUGAACCACCGCGCCUUCCGCCUGUCGACGGGCCAGAUCAUCCCCGUCCUCGUCAAGGCCGAGAUCAUCGAGCCGCAGCCGGACCCGACCUUUGAGGCGUACGAGCCGUACUCGACCUGCGACGCCCCGCCGAUUGCGAGUAUCGCGGGCCUGGGCUGUAUCUGCGCGACGGCCACGUCGGCUCUGCUCCCAGCGGCGACGCAUAUUGCGGCGUAA